AAAAAAUCCAAAUCUAUUGACAUGGAGAAUACUCAUCCAAGCGAGCCUCACAGCAAUGUUCACAAAUUUAGUGGAUAUCAUCCUGACAAAUAUGAUCUUACCGGAAUUUCCUUAACAGUUCGCACAGACGAAAGUUUAACUCCUCAGAGACCACCAUGUUUAACACAAAGAACCGUUGGAAUGUAUCUUCGGCCGUUGACAAGAGAACUCGAUGAAGUGGCACCAAAGCCUUAUAUUGAUGAUUUAUCGAAUAUAGUAAUCGAUAAAAUGCUGCAGAAGGAUAAAGCAUUUUGGGUUGACAAGCCAGGUGCGAAUGCUUACACACUCCAUGAUGCUUAUUACAACUACGAAAUGACGACCGAAAGGAUCAAACCACACCAUCAGGACGUUUUUCCUCAUGCUUAUAGUUACGAUCUCGAUUGCGUGAAGUAUCGUCGCCUCCAUGCUUGCGACGGCUUUAAAUCAAGCAGUCAAGAAAACACGAAACCGGCCGUUGCAUAUUGUCGGGACUGCAAGGGCGGUGAAACAAAAGAAAGUCAAUCUGGCAUUGACAACAACGAUAUAACUUUAGGCAGAUGGAGACAAUAUCCAAACCUAAACACCAAGUUACCUCCCGAGAAAGUUCAAGAACUAAUGGAUGAAGUCGGCAGACCGUUCAAACACGAAGCUUGCAACUGGUACUAUAGAAAAUACCCAACCAGAAAAUUCGAUGGAAUUCUACGAAGAUUUUCAAAAUAA